GUCGCGCAUAUUUCGACUACAAACGACUACGACGAUCAGCAUGAAUUGUCCAUCCAGGAGUGUCUGGCAAAGUACUUAAAUUUACCGAGCAAUUUCUUCGACCCCAACAUCAAGUACAACAGCCGUCCGCUGAACGAAACGCAACGGAAGGCCGCCGCCAAGAACGUGGCCUUCCUGCUGACCCUGCAGGACUAUCUGGUGCACGAGAUCAUGCUGGAACCGUUCUAUCGCAGCUGCCGUCAGUAUGGCAGCAGUUUAGCGGGAGACAAAGAACAUCUGGCGAGCGUGAUGAAGCUGUCCAAGGGUCGAAAUGAAGAUCUACACGACAUCGAACGUUUUCAGUUGAAUAUUAAGGGCGAGGGCGACGGCCAAGGGGAGGAUGAACAAGGUGACAUUGUGAAUGGAUGAUACGUUGUCCUCGAUUAGGUUUAGGAGAGAUGGUAAUGAUGUGUUUGUGAAUUUCCAGUACAGUUAAGCAGGGAUGGCAUUUCGCACUGAAAAUGUGCACAGUGCAGCUCUUUUUCAUAUUAAAACCGCGCACACUUGCACUCACACUGAGGAGCAUGCCAUCCCUGCAGUUAAGAAGACAAUGGUCCCAUUAGACUGGAUAAUAUAAGAAGAGUUCAGUCAUGUUUUUUUUCGUAGGGGUUCAACAGCUAGGAUCAGAGCGGUGUAUUUACCGUCAAACGUGGUAACUUGUAGCACUUUUCAACUUGAAAAAAAAGUAAAUGCUGUUUUUAUACAUAAUGUAUUCGUAUAGCACCUAAGUCAACAACACUUUUCAAAAGAAGAUAUACAGUGUGGUAAGUUACUCCGCUUGACGGUAUUUGAGCAAGUCCGUGUAAUGAUGUGCUGCUUCAGGAAAAUCGUAAAGCAAAAGCACAGAUGAACAGCAAAGCACCGACGGACAUAAACAUCUCUCGUUUGACAUUAAGUUUUCUCAGAGAGAAACAGACAUAACACUUGGAACAAAUUACAGUUGUAAAACACAUCGUCAAGAAAACGUAACAGACCAAUGCUGAUCAUGCUGUGUUUGAUCGAACAAUUACUAGGUGGCGGUAGCGAGCAAACGUCAAACAGGAGCAAAAACGACGUGAGUGCUGCGAGCGGCCAAUCGAUCAACUAACAAGUAUUUGAAUCAACCGUUAAAAAUGUGAUCGAUGGAGAGGGUAACAUCUGUUUCUAUGUGGGUUUUCUGUUAUGGAAGUUUGCUAAUACUUUGUAAAAUGUAAAAUGACUAAUUAAUCACUUUUGUAGUGAUCGGAUCACGUAUCAUCGUGAGUUACGUUGAACAUCUCUUUUGGAAGGCAUCACAGAAUUUGUUCGUCUUCUUAGCUUUUGUAGAAUGUGGUCAUCCACUUUUAGUCUUUUCAGUAGGCUAAGAUGCAAAAUAUAGUUGGAACGAUUGUAACUAAGUCUUGUAUUAUAUUUACUUGGCAAAGAAUUGCAAAUAAGAAGCCUCUGAAAUUAUUA